AUGAUUCGGACGGCCGCCACGCUGGCAGUGUCGCUGCGGCACGCGCCAGCCGUUGUGGCGCCGCCAACGGCAGUCGCGUCGCUGGCCGGCAUGGCGCUCGCGUUUACGCCGGUGGAAGCCGAAGAGCAGGCGGCGACGUUUGCAUGGGGGCCCGGAACAGGGACCGGGCUCACAGCCUUUGCCGCGCACGAGGCCCUCGGUCUUGUGGCAUACGCGCCCAACUGCGCCAACCCUGCGGUGUAUGUACUGGCGCACCCGUCUCUCGAUGUGCUGGCGACGCUCGAGGCCUCAUCGGAGCUCACGGUCUCGGCGCUUGCCUUCUCUCCAUCGUCCGAAGUGCUCGCAGUGCUCUCGCAUCCGCCGCAUCCGGUGCUCACGCUCUGGAGGUGGCAGACCGGCGAACGGCUGGCGAGCGUCGUGGUCUCCGAUUCGGUCUUUCCCGCACUUUCGCAGCCGUAUGCCCGGGUGCUCCCGCGGCUGAUCUUUGACGUGGCCGACGAGACCCGGCUGGUUAUUGUUGCCAACGGCUCGCUUGCUCUCGCGCAGUACGAGCAAUUCAAUCCGCCUGCGCUGCGGGCUGUGGUCCGCGGCCUCGAGCUGAACGAUGGGCACGAGGUGCAGGCUGCGUGCUGGGCCACUGGCGGGACGCUCAUACUCGGAACGGCCGGCGGUGCGCUGCUCGCAUGGCCACUGGUCGAUGCUGGUGACGGAACUGCUGUCGCCCCCAUGCUUCUGGAGGAGGCUGUGGAAAGUAAUUCCGGCGGCGUCGCGGCCGUGGUCUUCACCGACGACGAGACGGUGGUGACCGGCGGCGCCGACGGUGUACUCCGAUGGUUCACCCUCAGCCGCAAUGAGGCGGACGGUGAGGUGUGUGGAGCAACGGUCACCGGUCUUCAGUCGCUUCCGUCAUCGGCAGCCAUUGCGCACGUGAUUGUUGCCGAGACGUCGAGCCACUGGGUGGUGGUCAACACUGCCGGCGAGACGUACAUGCGGCGGGAGGCCAACAGCGACUUUGCGCUGGUGGCGUCUGGCGUGACGCAGCCCGCAACGGCGCUGGCUCCGUUCCCGACCACCCAUGCUGUGGCAUUGGCAACAGCAGCGGGCACUAUCUCAGUGUGGAACUACGUCUCGGGCUUCCACAUCUCAAGCACACGGGUGGACGAUCCGGUGUCUGUACUGGGCCACGCGCCGCUCGCGCCGCUCCUUGCCGCUGGGUCGUACAAUGGAGUGGUGCGGCUGUUUGACGUGACCGAGGCGACGGCGGCCAUGGCGCCGCCGCGGCUUGUCUUCCGCCGCCGGCUCCACGCCAAGGCUGUCACCACCGUGGUAUUCUCGCCGGAUGGGCGCUGCAUGGCAAGCGGUGGCAUCGACGGUCGCAUUCUGGUUGUGGUCCUCGACGCCAGCUCGGAAACCUUGGCCAGCGACGCCUUUCCGGUCCUCCGCUCGGUCGAGCUGGGUUCGCCGGUGGUGAGUGCGCAGUGGAGCACGGUGCCAAAUGCGGGCGGCAGCAGCCUGCUUGUGGUCACCGCUGCAGGCAACGUGGUCGAGGUCCGCGGAGCUGAUGGGCCUGCGCAGACCGCGGUCAGCCUCGUGACGAUGAACCCGGACUUUCCGGUUGUGGCGGCGCUGCGUGCGCCGAGCAGCUCGAGCCGCGGACGGUUGGGCGGGAGCGGCAGAGGCUCUGUCUUUGCGCUCGCCAUGGACGGUGCGUUCAAGACGUACACGCUGCCGGAGCGACAAACCGACAUCACGCCGGCCAACGCCGAGUAUGCCGGGCAUGCCAAGCCUGGCGGCGUGCUAAGCCUCGCGCCCAACAGCGAGUGGGUGGCGACAGGCGGGUCGGACGGGGCGGUCAUGCUACGGCCUGCGGGCGAGCUGGGAAAGGCGCCUAUUUCGCUAGUUCGACAUGGUUCUGCUGCGCACGGCGUGGGUGUUCUGGCCUGGUCGUACGACUCGCAGUACUUGUUCUCGGCCGGGCCCGACGGUGGAGUUUUUGCCUUUGUCGUCUCAUACCCGUCGUGGUGGUCGGUACCGGAGAGCGAGGUGCCUGCGCUGGCAGGCCUCGCGCUCUUGCCGACACUCGAGGCCGACUCUGCACCGACGGCGUCCGAGCCGGAUGUGGUGGUUGCCGAGGCGCUAAAGGUGGCCAAGGCCGAGGCGCAGCAGAAGCUCGCGGUCAAGGCUGCACGGCUGACGCGGGUGAGUUCGCUCCAGACCCGGUUUCAGGUCAUUCUCGACGCCAACCGUGCUGUCUUGCCGAUCGAGCAGCUGGAGGAAGAGGCAUUUGUGGUUGACCCCGAGUGGGUUGCGCUGACGCUCAAGGCCGGCGACCAGGCUGCGUUUCUCGAGUCUGAGCGGCUGCGGUUUGCCAACAUUAACGUGGACGCCGCGUGUGCCGCGAUCAUCAGCUCGUGCUGGGAAGCGAUGUCCGAGGCCGGGCUCCGGCUGAAGGGCUUUGACACCCCGGUGAUUGUGGCUUCGUACCCGCUGCCGCGCUCGACAGCCGAGGGCGAGCGUGCGGUGGCGAAAAUCCGCGUCCUCCGCAGAGUGGAGCUUGCGGCCGAAGCAGCAGCCGAGGAGGAGGCGGCCAAGGCAGCAGCGUCGGCGGUGAGCAACAAUAGUCCCAAUGUCCGCCCGCCACUGGGCUCUGCGCCGCCGCCGUCGCCGCUGGCGGCACUGCGGCACCCGCAGCGGCGCCGACGGGCGUCUGUCAUCUCGCUUGGGCUCCCUUCGGGCGGCUCGGGCGCCGGCUCGGUGGGCUCGCCGGGCUCGGAGCUCGGCUCGUCGUUUGACAUGGAGAGCCAGUACUCGGAUGACGGCGAAGGAGUGACCAAGAGCUCACUGCUGUACUCGCCGUUCCAGCUCAACACGCGCAACCGGCAGAUUUCGCAAAUGCACAUGCUCCGGCACCGGAUCCGGGCCACCAAGCGCAAGUUCAACGCCGAGGCGAGGCGUGUGCUCAAGGCCAAGGCUGCAGCGAUUUCGGCGAUUGAGGAGCGGAAUGAGCGGAUUGCCGUCAUUCUGAGUGAGCUUGACGAGCCUGGCGAGGUGGUGACUCCUGCGCUUUCUGCUGAGGAGAUGCCGUCGUCGGUGCUGAGCGUGAGCGACGCUGAGAUGGGCAUCGAGCGGUUUGUGCCGCCCGAGGAGGUGGCUGCCGCCGAGGCAGCGCGUGCUGCCGAGGAGGCGCGGCUGCUGCUGGAGCGCGGUGACGACUCGGGCGAGCGUGCGCUGGAAGAGAUGAUGUACGGCAAGGUGGAGGAGCGGACCAAGGACGCGCUGCAGGUCUCGCUGGAGCGCCCCGAGUGGAUGGACAAGCCGACGACCGAGCUGACUGAGGAGGAGGUGCGAGCGGUGAAGGAGUUUGAGGCGCGGGUGCAAGAGGCACAGGAGGAGGCGCAAAAGUACCGCCGGGCACUCGAGACCGAGCUCAAGAAGCUGCGGGUGGCAAAUGCAGAGGAGCGCGCUGGGUUUGACGCUACCCUCGCGGAGCUGUUUAACGCACGGCUGCGAACCGACAUGUCUGUGUGUGAGGACGAGCUGCGGAUCAUCAAGCUCGCCAGCAGUCUGCUGCAACGGUCGCGCGACGCCGGGCGCGAGGCUGCGCUUGUUGACGAGCUCGAAGGCACGCGCGUGGCUGCGGCGGACGCAGCCCACGAGCUUGCCGAGUUUGAGGCGAUUCUUGACGCGGCUCGCGGCGAGUACGAGGCCGCGCGGGCCGAGGAGGCUGCGCUCGAGCGCGAGUUCAAGACCUCACUGGCCGGGGAGGACUUUCACCGUAAGGCACUGUUCGAGGUCUCAGACGCGGUGUGGGACCGGGUGUGGACGGCGCGCGAGGAGCGCGCUGAGCUCGACGAGCACGUUCGGCGGUGCGGAGGCGUGGUGGCCAAAGUCCGAGCGCAGGUGGCCGAGGUGGAGGCGCAAGCAGGCGAAGCGGCGCAGGCGAUGGACGCCAAGCUUGCGGAGCUCAACGCGUUCCGUGAGGAGCGUGCGCGGUCGUUCCUCAAUCUGGAGAUCCAGCUGACGCUCAAGCAGGGCCAGGACGAGGCAAGCUUGGGGCGCAACGUCAUGGUCGAUCGCUCGCUAGUGGAGCGACUCAACACACGGAUCCGCGAGCUCGGCGAGGCAAGGCUUGGCAUUCUGGAGGAGAUCAAGGAUGUCAAGGCGCGGGUGGCACUCGUCGAGUGGGAGGUUGCCAAGAACGCGCUCGUCUGUUCCGAGAUUGCGGACGAAAUCCGCGACUUUCAGCUGCUGCGGGUGACCAAGUCGCUGCAGGAGCUGAUCAAGGGUGGCGGAACCGACAAGCGCGCCACCGAGGUGGCCAACCUGGAGCGGCGGCUAGCAGCGGCGGCGGCCAACCACGAGAGCCGCCGCGCCGAGCUCGGCACGCAGCUUGGGCGAGUCCAGGCCGCAACCGCUCGGGUUCGCGAGGAGAACGCGCUGCUCGAGUCGCGCGAGCGCGAGCUGGUCGCCGGCGUUGAAGAGCGCCGCCGCAUCGCCUCUGUCCAGGCCCAGCGCGAGGAUGGCGGUGCUUCGGCCCGCGAAAAGCGGGUCCGCGCCAAGCGCCGCCUCGUUGAGCGCCUCAAGAUGGGCAAGGCCGAACUCGAGCGGCUGCAGGCCGAGGCGGACAUUGUCCGCGCCAAGGUUUGGCCGCGGCUGUAGGUGUGUGUGGAUAAAACACGGUAGCGU